GUUUUGCCGAAGACGAAGUUGACCUCUCUGACGAGGUUGAUUUACUAACUCCUAGUUAUGGUGGUGUUGAGGAUGAUUUGGACGAUGAUGAUCAAAUUCAAUUAAUGCUUCAACAGCAAUAUGCUCAAGAGAUACCCGAUGUUGUUAAAAAUUUCAUUAUAUAUUUUCAUCGUAACGUUCUUGAAAAUAAUGUCUACGAAUUGCAUGGGAUAUAUGAAAAUUCAUUUAAUCGAUUAACGGAAAAGUUUUAUAUGAAAGCACCUUGGCCUGAGGCAGAUUUUAUUGCUCCAUUGGUUAAUGAUGAUCAAGUAUUUUUAACCUUAUAUCGUGAAUUAUAUUAUCGGCAUAUAUACUCAAAACUUUCACCAACUAUCGAACACCGCUUUCAUUCAUACGAAAAUUAUUGCGAUCUAUUCAAUUAUAUUCUGAAUUCUGAUGGUCCGGUUGCUUUGGAACUUCCAAAUCAAUGGCUUUGGGACAUUAUUGAUGAAUUCAUUUAUCAAUUUCAAUCAUUCUGCAAUUACCGUAAUCGACCUAAAAAUAAAACUGAGGAAGAGAUUGUUUUGCUACGAGAUAAUAUUCAGGUGUGGAGUUGUUACAGUGUGUUGAAUGUCUUAUAUUCUCUCAUCACAAAAUCUCGGAUCACCGAACAAUUGCUUGUAAGCAAACACGGAGGUGAUAUGAUUGAAGCUGCGGGUGAAUACGGAUCACGCCCUUUAUAUAAGAUGCUGGGUUAUUUUAGUAUCAUCGGCCUCCUGCGUGUUCACUGCUUAUUAGGUGAUUAUACUUUAGCGCUUAAAAUGAUGGAUAAUAUUGAAUUAAAUAAAAAAGCACUUUUCGCUCGUGUGACUGCCUGUCAUGUUACUACAUAUUAUUAUGUUGGUUUUGCGUAUAUGAUGAUGCGGCGAUAUGCUGAUGCUAUAAAGGCAUUUUCGCAUAUCCUUGUAUUUAUUGCGAGAACAAAAAUGUAUCAUACGCGGUCUUACCAAUUUGAUCAGAUUAAUAAAAAGGGUGACCAGAUGUAUGCGUUAUUAGCCAUUUGCAUUGCUCUUUGCCCGACUCGAUUAGAUGAAAAUAUACAUGCUCACUUGAGAGAAAAAUAUGGUGAACAUUUGAGCAAGAUGCAACGCGGUGAAGAAGGGCUUCAAACAUUUGAAGAUUUGUUUUUGUAUGCAUGCCCAAAAUUUAUUUCACCUAUUGGGCCGAAUUUUGAAGAGUUUCAUUCCUUGACUCCAGCAAUUGAACCUCAUCAUCAUCAUGCAAAAAUUUUUCUUGCUGAAGUCCGUCACCAAAUCCUAAUUCCAACACUAAGGUCGUAUCUUAAGCUAUAUACGACCAUGGGAAUUGACAAGUUGGCAGCUUUCCUUGAUAUAGAACCUGAUAAGUUAAGGACUCAGUUACUUAUUGUCAAGCAAAAAUCACGUCAGCAGAAAUGGAGUAGUGGUACAUUACUUGAGGGAGAAUAUGUUGCAACAUCUGAUCUUGACUUCUGUUUGAAGCAGGAUAUGAUUCAUAUUGCCGAAUCUAAAGUUGGACGUCGUUACGGCGAUUGGUUUUUACGUAAUAUAAAUAAAUUCCAA